AGCCCGUGCACACACUCUCGAAGGGGAGAUGGCCUUCCCUUUCCGUACCUUAGCAUUAUAGAAGAUGGAGUUUGAGAAGAGGAAAGCUUCGACUUUAGCGGCGAUGAACUCGCCGGAGCCGGACAAAUCUCCGAAAGGAAACGUAGACGCACCCAUCGUUCCUCUACUCGCCGCCAUCAACUCUCACCCUUUGUAUUUCACCACCAGCUCUUGCUCCGGCCGCAUCUCCGUCUUCGCCCACCCCUCCGCCUCUUCUUCCACCAGCCCCGUGAAAUCCAAAGGCGGGAAGUGGGUCUUCAUCUCCCACGACCCAGUUGACCCCGACUCAGUCUCGCGACUUCUGCUUGGGGACGAGUUGGGUCAGUCCGAUCCAGGCCAUAGUUUUGUGUUCAGGUUCGAGCCUCUGAUCAUUGCAAUAGAGUGUAAGGAUGUUCAGGCAGCUCAGUGGUUGGUGGCAUUGGCUAUUUCUUGUGGGUUUAGGGAGAGUGGGAUCACCAGUGCUACUAACAAGCGAGUGAUCAUUGCUAUCAGGUGCUCGAUCCGAUUGGAGGUGCCUUUGGGCUGUAGCGAUAGGAUAAUGGUGUCGCUGGAAUACUUGAAGUACAUUGCUGAACUUGCAAAUGAGAAGAUGGAUGCUAAUAGGAAGAGAACUGAUGGGCUUCUUGAUGCCUUGUUAAAAGAAGGAUCUUUUGGGCCUCAUAGCUGCAACGGAAAGCUUUUGUGCAGAUCUGAAGUAAAUUCUGAUGAAGCUUCAGCUUGUCUUGAUGGACCCGAUUUGGAAUUCUUGAGAAACUCUUCCAAAGGCGGUAUGAAUAGCAGUGAGGAUGGUGAAAGCAAACAUUUCGACAGUACAAAAUGUGGAGGCAUUCCCUUAAAUGUGACAGCCAGUCUGAAUCUUUAAAUCAUUGACAGGAUCAUCAACUGUUUCCGAUUUCAACCUGUCUAGUAGUCAGAUGUUAAUCAUAGGAGAGUCCGUUGAAAGAAUUUAUCUCUGGGGUCACUCUGCCUCUGCAAUUGAUGCAAUUGAGAAGAGAGUUCUAAUUUUUGGUGGGUUUGGAGGUCCAGGCAGACACACCCGUAGAAAUGAUCUGUUGAUUCUUGACCUACAAUUUGGUAAAUUAGAAAUUGUCGACGUUCAGGGAAUGCCAUCAUCACGUGUGGGCCAUACAUCUUCAAUGGUAGAAAAGCAUAUGUAUGUAAUUGGUGGAAGAGCUGACCCAUUAAAUGUUCUGAAUGAUGUGUGGGCUUUUAGUUUGGUCAAAAAAGAAUGGAGGCUCUUGCAAUGUUCUGGCUCUUUAUUCCCACCAAGAGGAGAAAUGCCAUGUCCAUGUCACUCCCAUUCUAUGGUAGCACACGGGACCCUAUUAUAUACUUUCGGGGGAUAUGAUGGGGAGAGACCUCUAGGAGACCUUUUUAGUUUUGAUACAAAAACACUUAUCUGGAAAAAGGAAACUAUCCCGGGGAAACCUCCAAGUCCUAGGUUUUCCCACUCUAUGUUUGUUUAUAAGGAUUUUCUAGGUAUUAUCGGAGGAUGUCCCGUUAGUCAAAGUCAGCACAAGCUGUCGUUGCUUGAUAUGCGCUCCCACCAGUGGAAACAUAUUGUUGUCAAUUCCUUGGGUAAGGAUCUCUUGGUUCGAAGCACUGCCAAUGUUGUAGGUGAUGAUCUAGUUAUGAUUGGUGGUGGGGCCGCGUGUUACGCAUUUGGGACUAAGU